CAACGUACCAGAUACCGAGUCGAGGCCUUAGUGGAGGUCUUGCAAUUGCAAUACGGAAGGAUAUAGAUUUUAACAUAAUUUCCGGUUUCCGGGGUUUGGAUGGUGGUUUUGAUAUUCUUGGAAUUAGAACCAUUAAUCUGAGUAUCAAUUUUAAUGUUGUAUCUGUGUAUCGUCGACCAGGAGGCUCUCUCAGGGUCAAUGACUUUAGACCCCUUUUUGAUUUUGAUCCAGGUGGCUGUAAAUCUAUUUUUUAGGAGAUUUUAAUACGCAGAAUACUUUGUGGAAUUGUGAAAAUAUGGAUACUAUUGGGGAAUCUUUACAAGAGGCUAUGGAACGCAGGGAUUUUAUGUGUGUUAAUAUGGAUACAUGCUCCCGUAUUGGAGCUAUUGGAGAGAGAGAGACUCUAAUUUGGAUCUAUUAUUCUGCUCUGCUGCUGUUUUGGAUAAUAUAUGUAUAAUCAGCUAGAUGAUACAUGGGAUAGUGAUCAUUUUCCAAUUGUUUUUAAAUUGGAAACUCAUCGAGGGAUAUAUAGUAGUGAUGGAUUGUCUGUGCGGUACUCUGGUUUUACUAAAGUACUGACAGAUGCUGUUCAUGAGGCGUCUGGUCGUCGUCCGAACCAAUUGAGUAGUGGAAAACGGAUUAGACGAGAAAAAUCUGGUAACCCUAACAGCUGGUGGGACAAAGAUUGUGAUAAUGCCGUUAAUGACAGGAAGAUGGCUUUGAGGGAAUUUAAGAGAAACAAAUGUUUAAAUAAAUAUAUUGAAUAUAAAAGAUGCAGAGCGGUGGCCAGGAAAAUCACGAUUAUGCGUAUAAAGUUAGCUUGAAAAAACUCUGUUCGUCUUAUACUGCUGAAGCCUUUGCUAUCAAGGCUGCUUUAGAGAUCAUUAUAAAUCGGAACUCGGAACAUUGUAUGGAUUUGAUAGUUUUUCCGAUUGCAAAUCGGUUUUGGAGGCCAUCAAGAAUAAUCAUUUCAGUGUUUAUAAGAAUUGCUAUAUUACAGAAAUCAGAAACUUGCAUUACAGACUCAAGAGGAUGUAUAACAUUAAGAUUGUUUUUGUGUGGGUGCCAUCGCAUAUUGACAUUUUAGGUAAUGAAACGGCGGAUGAAUUAGCCAAAGAAGUUGCAUCGGAAGAAGAGGAUAGGAGUAUAUAUAUAUAUAUAUAUGUACCGAUACAAGAUUUAAGAAGAGUAUUUAAGACAAAAACAUGGAACUAUACAUAAGAAACGAUAACAAGGGAGGCAUUGUAUAAAGGAAAAUUUUAUUUUGAAAAUUAUUAUGAUAUCAAUGAAACAAAGCCUACCUCUGUCAAGCUAG